UGUUCUCGUGAGCUCUCUAAGAUAUGACGGAGCCUGACCAUUUAAAGCUUUGUAAGUAAGGAGUAGGAUUUUAAAUUCAAUUCUGGAUUUUACAGGGAGCCAGUGCAGAGAAGCUAAAACAGGAGAAAUGUGAUCUUGUUUCUUAGUUCCUGUCAGCACACAUGCCACUGCGUUCUGAAUUAGCUGGAGAGUUUUCAGAGCUUUAAUGUGUCACUUUCAGCAUACAGCUUGUUUCUAUCAGUCAGUAAAUGUUUAACCUCGAUGGCAGAGGGGAAAGGAGUGACCACCUCACUUUCCCAAGGAGUAUUUUAUUGUCUGUGAGCUGUGAACCUUGUCCAUCAACAGCUUCUCAGUCUGAGCAGGAACACGCACUAGGGACUCCAUGAGUUCUUUCACAGGCUGCCAGGAAGCGAUGGAAUUUCCACGUUUUACCUUUAAUCCAAAGGAAGGGAUUGAUAAUCCAGCUCUGGUGAUCACUGAUGAUCCUGAGCCUGAUCAGAGCCUUGUGCCCAGAUUGUGCCAGCUGAAGCGUCUGGAGGGGCAGAGAUUUGGUUUCUACCUGUGGAUGGACCAGAGCAGCCGGGGCUUUGAGGUCAGAGAUGUGGAGCCAUGGAGUCCUGCAGAGCAUAGCGGCCUCAGAGAUGGAGACAGAGUGCUGGAGGUCAAUGAGGAGUACGUGAACAACAUGGACUUCUACAGGGUGGUGAGGAAGAUCCAGUCAUGUGGUCUACUCUUGUUUCUCCUCGUGUUGAGGAGGGAAGGGUAUCAACAGGCAGUGUCUACUGGUAUGGACCUGCAGACUCUAGCCAAAGCCUCCAAAGGGGACUGCUGGUCCCGACCCAGACUGUGUCACAUCAGCAGACACCUGGGGCAUGGCCUGGGGAUGACCAUUGUCCCAGUCCAAGGUCAGAAGGGUCAGUACAUGGUGAGGACAGUGACUGAUGGUCCAGCAGAGAAAGCUGGUGUCUGCACUGGAGACAGACUGAUCUGGCUCAACGGAGUCAUGGUGUCAACACUCACACAUUCCACUCUCAACAGAAUUGUGAAGAAGAGUGGGGACUCAGUGACAGUGCUGGUCAUUGACAGUGAAAGUGAGUCUUGCAAUGUCAGGAGGAAGAUGCCCAUCCUGCCUGUGGUGUCAGAAUGCUGCAGCCUCCCUCACACUGCCAAAACCAUGCAUCUGGUUAAAGGGCACGAUGGAUACGGCUUCCUGCUGAAACAAGAGAAGCUGGCAGGCACUCAACUGAAAGUCCAUGUGCUGAGGGAGGUGGAUGUGGGAAGUCCAGCUGAGGGGGCACAGAUGGAGAAUGGAGACCUGCUGCUAGCUGUCAAUGGGAAACCUGUUGAGUCUAUGGAGCAUGAGAACAUUGUCAGAGAGAUUAGACAAAGUGGUGAUAAAGUCACCCUCACCUCUAUAUCUUUACCAGGAAGAGACUUUUACAGAAAGUUAGGCAUUUCUCCCCUAUUGUUCCAUGACAAAUCUCCACUCCAGGAUGACAGGCAGCAGACAGCAGAUGGAUGUCUGUCAUAUCCCACAGUGUGUGUUCAGGAAAGGGAGGAGACGGGCUCUGGUUUUCACUCAGACUGUGUCCCACUCAGUCAGGAACUUUAACCACACAGGUAUGAUCCUGCUACUCAUUACAUCCUCAUCCUCACUGUGACUCUGGCAGAAAUACUGUGUCCCAUCCCAGCCAGGGGCCUGCUUAAUUUCCUCACUGAUUCAGUUUUUAUCAAAUUGCAUUAAUUAGCAGAGGUUUACUGCAUGUCAGAAUCAAAAUCCUGGUUGGAUAUAAGUUUCUUAAUCAGGAUUCUCUUAAGUUACAGCUUUUAAGCCUGUCAGUCAGUUCUUUGAACAGCAGUUUCUGACUUCACAUACAAAUAUUACACAGCAUCAGAGAGGCACCUGGAAGCGUCUGCUGAACCCCAUAACCUGGAGCUGUAGAAAUCAAAUUUCUGUGGACAGGUACAUUUUAGUUUAAAUCCUGAGCCCCCUGACAUAAGUACUUUUACAACGGGAAUGGGGUUAUACUGAUAACAUCUUGAUCCCUACUAGGGUUGUAGUGAUAUACUGGUUUCAAGGUAUACCAUGAUAUAAAAGUUGAUGGUUAUUAUACCAUGUACAUUUGCUCAUCUACGAUACUGACAAAAAAAAAUGUAACUGGACGUUGAAUCUCCCCUUUAUUUGAGUUAUUUUUUAAAUCCAUUAACAAAAUGGUUUGAGGUUUCAAUUAUAGUAAUAAACCCUUUGUUUCAACCUAAAAUAACCCUUCUGCUUUCAUUCCUUUAAAGCUCAUUCUGACUGAUAAGAUAAAUUCUGUAAUACCGUGAAAACACAAUUUUUUUUUGGAUACAGUUAUUGUCCCAUGAAAAUCUCAUACCAUUGCAACCCUCAAGAAAAGACAGAGGUGGAGAAAAGAUAGAAAGUAACUGAGAGUGGACCAUGUAGUCCUCAUUGUGGCUCCCCAGCUUCCAAGGGCCCUCUGGCUGGGUAGAAAGACCAUUCAAGUGCACCCUGAUGGAUGCAUAAGAGCUGCUUCCAUCACUGUCACCGACAAGUCAUAUGUUGUUCCUGUGGCUCGUGUGGUUCCUCUACAUCAGUUGAGUGAUGAGGAAAAGGAUGUCCGUUCAGACAACUAGGAAGGCUUUUCUCCUGUUUCAAAUGCCACAUACGACCUCACCUCAUUGGGAAAAAAAAUAAUAUGUGGACACAGCAUAUGACCCCCAGACUUUGUUUUAUUGCCAGUAUACUGCUUACUGACAGUGUACUUCUACUUCUACUUCUACUUAAGAGGAAAACAUAGGACCACUACAUUUACCUGACAGAGACAUAUUACUGGUUACAUUGCAGAUUAAGAUUUUACCCACAAAAUAAAACAAUUCAAAUAUGAUGCAUUAUUAUUCAAUAAACUGUCCAGCAUUAUAUUAGAGUUGUUGGGAUUCACAGGACCACAGAUGAUUUGUCAUUUGGUAAAAUCUAAACUGGACAUUUAAAGGCUUCCUUCUCUGCAUGCUCUUUGAUCUCCAAACAAAGACCGCUAUUUGACACCCAUCUCCAGGAUCUCUUACCUCACACCUCAGUGAGACACAAGUCUCACAACUUGAUUGGACAGGACUUUUGCAGUGACAUGUGACUCUGUGAUGUCAACGGCAUCUGUAGAAGGUCUGCUCCCUUCAGACAGUCCCCUCUCUUACUCGGGAACUGCGGAGCAGCCUACACCUUUUUCUGGCUGGGCCUGGACCAGCCCAGAUGCUCAGACCCUUGCUCCUUGCCAUGAACCAUCAAAGGUGGGGCAAUUGAUCACAGACUCUCUAUCCUGAACCAGAAAGUUAGAGGUGCAAGCACAAGGUUUGCAACUAGCUUUCCAGCAACAAGGAAGUAAGUGAGUUAGCACCCAGCGUCUAACUCUGCAAGGACCCCAAGCGACUGGCUUCCUCGGAUCAGAACCUUUGGAACAAGGACACAGCAAAGACUGCAUCUGGAACCACAGCUCUUUCCGGCCUUCUUCCGCCGGCUAACAAAGAAGCAAACCACCAAGUGACUCUUUCUUUCAUCCACUCAAGGAUUGGUAACAUAACAACUGGGCAUAGCUUUAUCACAGCUUUACAGGCUAAGCAAGACUGUUUAACUUGUUGUAUGUGAUUUAAUGCUCUCAUUGAGUUAUUGUUGUGAUUGUUUGCAGUAAGGUCAUUGAUUGGUUGGCUUUGCCAAAGUUAAGUGUUUCAUUUGCUAAUACUGUUCACAAAAAGAUUCUUGCACACAACUAAACAAUCUCUGCACUAAUCCAGACUGUUUGCAACACAAAUCACAUUGACAUAGACUCAUUAACAAAUAGGCUUUCAACAGACCUACACCCAAACAGGCAUCUCAAAGUUCCUGCUUCUUUUCCUUUGUCUUUGUCCUGACCACACAGUCAGACAAACACCUCCCCCGAUCUGAAGCCUUUGAUUUGGCCAUCUUGUAGUUCUCUGUUGUCAGCCAUUUUGUUUUGUAGGCCAAACGGCUCUUUGAUCACUAGACCCGCCUUUGUCUUUCUCUCUCUCUCUCUCUCUUGCGCACAAACACACACACACACACACACACACACACACACAUCAAGCUUGUAUAUAGUUAGUUAGAAUUUGUGUGUUUUGGUUUUGCUUUGCUACUUUGUGAAUAAAUAUAAUUCUUUGCAAUCGUA